AUGGCCGAUCCCCGCCAAGGUUCUUACAAGGAUCUUGUGCAAAGCCACCAAGAUGCUCUAGAUAUCCUACUAGAACAGGGAGUCUACCAGCCAGUUUUUCUCUACCACAUUGUGAUCUUCAACAUUCUGCCUCUCAUUGGCUUGGUCAUACCGCGCCACGGAGCAACUCGAUAUGUCCGACCUGCAAUCUUCGCCCUCAGCCUGGCGAUUGCGGUCGAGGUGCUCAGCCGCCGCCGAGCGAUGCUCGGUGGGAAUGGGUAUAUGAUUGGCCUGAUGACGACGUGGUGGCUCCUAUGGAGUGCGGCGCUCUUUGUGUUUUUGGACGUUGAGAAAGACUUUCGACGUAUUGAACGAGGAGCUACGGCUGGUGAAUCGAUGGACGAACAAGCGGGUCGAGAUGCUCUGCAGAGUCACUCGCUCAACGGCAAAUGCAAUACAGCCGAUUCCAAACCCGCAGUCGCCUCGCAAUCAAACAGACCAGACGUUUAUAUGACUAGCACCGAGGGCCACGAGCCUGAAACGUUCCACUGGCAGGCCUAUCCUCGAAAACUGACACACCGGCUUGAAUGGUGUGCGGGAGUUCUCUUCAAUCUCAGGGGUCCCGAAUGGAAUUGGCGUGCUCCGCAUCUAGGUCCUCUGCCUCGAUCUGUUCACACGCAAUUGUGUGCAGGAUUUGCAGCCGAAAAGGUUCAGGCGCAUGAUGACGCUACAUACAUCACUUCGAAGAACCGUCUUCGAGCGGCCCUGUGGAAGUUCCUCCAAGGAUACCUUUUGCUAGACUGUCUCAAAGUCUUCAUGAUGCGGGAUGCAUACUUCCGAGGACUUGUGACAAGUGACAUGCCGCCUCCAUUCCCGUUUUCUUACCUUUCUUCUAUUCCGCUCCUCAUACGAUUCUACCAUUGCUUUAUCAGCUCUAUGGGCGUUUAUGUUGCACUGAUUUUCGUCACCUCGCUCAAUCCCAUAUGCUUCCUCGGCCUGUCUAUGGCUUUCCCUAAUGCCGCUCGAAAACUGACAGCUGCACCCCUCGAUGCAUCUUGGCUUUAUGCCGAUAGUUUCGGGCCCUUCAUCUCCUCUGUCCUUGACCACGGCCUAGCCGGGUGCUGGGGCCGAUGGUGGCAUCAGCUGUUUCGCUAUGGCUUCAUGGCGACUGCGCGCUGGAUUCUAUCACUACUUCCAACUAGGUGGUCGGCCGAUUCCCGAGUCAAACGAAUCACCCAUAUUCUGGUUGCUUUCACGAUCAGCGGAUUCAUACAUGCGUGUGGCAGCCACACACAGUUCGCAAACACUCAUCCCUUAUCUGGGCCAUUCUUGUUCUUUUCCCUCCAAGCCCUUGCGAUCAUUCUCGAGAACAUCUUCAAGACAGUUAUCUUCCUUAGACUACCCCUUACAAACACCCCGCGAUGGUUACGCCGGACGGCGAACGCAGUCUUUGUUUUCUGUUGGUUGCUCUAUUCAGGGGCCUUCAUUGCAGAUGACCUUGCUCGAGGUGGAUUGUGGCUAAUGGAGCCAGUGCCUAUUAGUCCGCUCCGUGGUCUGGGGCUUGCAUAUGAUAAAGGGUGGCGGUGCUGGGACAAGCCGUGGUUCCGUUACUGGAGCGAUGGGACAUACUGGGGGAGUGGGAUACGGGUCAUCUAA